AUGACUAAAUUCAAAUUGUUCCAUCUUCAGAUUGACGUAGUGGCUAUCAAGACUCUGAAACCAGGUAGUAGUGCUAAAGCAAAAGCUGAUUUCUUGUUGGAAGCGUCGAUCAUGGGACAAUUUGCACAUCCAAAUGUGAUUCGAUUGAUUGGAGUGGUUACUCGAUCUGAACCGGCAAUGAUUGUGACGGAAUACAUGUCGAAUGGAUCAUUGGACCAUUUACUUCGUGGGAAAGACGCCCGUGGAGAAGAAAUGGGUUGGCCACGCUUGGUCGAUAUGAUGAGAGGAAUAGCGUCUGGAAUGAAGUACUUGACGGAUAAAGGAUAUGUGCACAGGGACCUGGCUGCUCGUAACGUACUAGUAGACUCGGAGCUGACCUGUAAAAUAGCUGACUUCGGGCUGUCACGAGGCGUGGAUGACUCUGCCGAGCAGGAAUACACCACAAAUGGUGGAAAGAUACCUGUUCGCUGGACGUCGCCUGAAGCCAUAACUCACCGAAAGUUCACAGCGGCAUCUGACGUGUGGAGCUUUGGCGUGCUUGUGUGGGAGGUGUGCUCGUUUGGGGAAAGGCCGUACUGGGAUUGGACAAAUCAGAAGGUUAUUAGCGAGAUAAUGCUUGGCUACCGUUUACCAGCCCCAAUGGACUGCCCGGCAGCCCUACAUCGCCUGAUGUUGUGGUGCUGGCGACUUGAUCGGCAUGAACGACCCACGUUCGCCCAGAUACUAGCGAUCUUGGAGAAAUACGUUAGGAACCCGGAUUUGAUUUACGUAGACACCGCUGCAUUUACUUCUGGACGUAUCAAUGGCAACGCGUUUGGCCAUCCAACCGGCUCGCCAGCCGAUUUCUUGCGAUCGUUGAAUUUGAGCCAUUGUACUGAGAAACUCAACAAAGAGGGCAUCUUCACAGUCACCGAUCUAGCACGACGAAGUCAUCUGGAUAUGUUGGCCAUGGGUCUGAUAUCGGAAGAAUUCCAACGAAUUCGCAGCGCAUUAUCCCAACUACAAGACAGUCGAGGUAUGUUCCGAGCAGUUGAAACGACGACAACGUUGCCAUUGCGAUCGGCGACCAUCCGACCGUCCAGGCAUGAUGACGGAUUCUUCGUCUGA